AAGACGAAGGAAGGAACUGAGCAAUUGUUCUGCUAAUCUAACUGCCGAAAGCUGGUGGGGAUGAUUCACAGCACACUGUGUGUGCCUUGGCUGGAAUACCUGGCCUACCCAAGAAUCAUCUUCAUGCAAUGGAAAUCACUUAGGAGACCUACAGUGCAGUCCUGGCAGCUCUGCUCCUGAGGACACUAUUGCAGCAUCCUAGGAAGAUGGGCAAGGAGUAGACUACCAGCUCACUGACAUGUCAUCACACUGAUGUCCAGGACACUGAAGGAGUGGGAAGAAGAGGAGCUUAGGCGUAGGAAGCUCAGAAGUCUUAACUGUAGAUGGACUCCAGGAGUGGUGCACCUCUCCUCCUUGAUCAUUCAAAGACAAGAAUGAAUGAAGUGAUCUGUGCCUGAACCUUUGGUAUCUGGCCUGGCACCAUCCCGCCACAUUGCCACCCGUGCAGUCCUGCUCCUUGCCCUGUACAGGAAGGUGCUGGAGUUGAAUGGCAGUGGGACCUGGGUUUCUCUCCAGUAAUGUACAGAGCCAAGGUCAUAUCCACCCUGUGUGAUGGAGAAGACAGAGGUAUUGAACAAGCAGUCCAUGCUGUGAUGAGUGUCUGAAGAAUCAUUAGAGAUGCUCUUCAUCCAAAAAAAUCUGUUUUCGUUAUGCCCAAGAAUUCACAUGCAAUCAAGUUGAUGAGAGCUGUCCACCAUCAACAAUCCUCAAUAUUUAUGAAGAAUGUCAGCUGUUCAUACUUCAGUAUAAAUGAAGGCAUCUUUGUAAUGACCUGCCUGGUGUUUUAGAAUCUUCUUAUCUUCUCCACUGACCCUGACAUGGGGCAAAGAGGAGGGAAUUUAAAAAGUCCUUGCUAACUUGGAUGAGUGCUUGGUCAGUGGAUAACGUCUCUACCUAGGUGUCAGCACUCCUGAUAUAUUCUGCUCCUCUUUGGACAUAUCAACAGAAAGAAACCUAGAGGUUAACUUGAUCAAGAACCUCAAUGAGUGAUGAUAACAUUUCCUGUGAAGUACAGAGGGUUGCUGUGGGGAGAGUCCCCUGGUAGAAGGAGGUCAUCGACUAAAGGUUUCCUUUAUGGAAGGCUGGCCAUUUUCUACCAGUUCUCCCAGACACUUCUGAUUCUUCCUGUUGCUGCCUAUCUUCAACAGAAAAGCAAUUGAUCAUGGAAGCAAGCAGCACCUGCUUAUUUUUCAAGACUUGGCUCAGGAGGCAUCUUAUCCAGGAACUUUCCCCUGUUCUUCCACAGAACCUGCAGGUUCUCAUGGGAAUCUGUCUUUGGAGGAACUUCGACUUAAUUUUCCACAAGAACAGACUUGAUUUCUCUUAUCUCUGCAAUGUGGAACUUCAGAGAUGAUUGUUCAAGGAGGAAGAGAAUAAUGAUAAAUACAGUGGUGAUUUGCAAGUCAAGUUAAAAUGUCUCCGGAAGUGGCCUUGAACCGAAUUUCUCCAAUGCUCUCCCCAUUCAUAUCUAGCGUGGUCCGCAAUGGGAAGGUGGGACUGGAUGCUACAAACUGUUUGAGGAUAACUGACUUGAAAUCAGGCUGCACGUCAUUGACUCCUGGACCCAACUGUGACCGAUUUAAAUUGCACAUACCAUAUGCUGGAGAGACAUUAAAAUGGGAUAUCAUUUUCAAUGCCCAGUACCCAGAGCUGCCUCCCGACUUCAUCUUUGGAGAAGAUGCUGAGUUCCUGCCAGACCCCUCUGCUCUGCAUAACCUUGCCUCCUGGAAUCCAUCAAAUCCUGAAUGUCUCUUACUUGUGGUGAAGGAACUUGUGCAACAAUAUCACCAAUUUCAAUGCAGCCGCCUCCGUGAGAGUUCCCGCCUCAUGUUUGAAUACCAGACGUUACUGGAAGAGCCGCAGUAUGGAGAGAACAUGGAAAUUUAUGCCGGGAAAAAAAACAGCUGGACUGGUGAAUUUUCAGCUCGUUUCCUUUUGAAGUUGCCAGUGGAUUUCAGCAAUAUUCCCACAUACCUGCUCAAGGAUGUGAAUGAAGACCCUGGAGAAGAUGUGGCCCUCCUUUCUGUCAGUUUUGAGGACACUGAAGCCACUCAGGUGUAUCCUAAGCUGUACUUGUCACCCCGAAUUGAACAUGCACUUGGCGGCUCCUCAGCUCUUCAUAUCCCAGCUUUUCCAGGAGGAGGAUGUCUCAUUGAUUAUGUUCCUCAAGUGUGCCACCUGCUCACCAACAAGGUGCAGUAUGUGAUUCAAGGAUAUCACAAAAGAAGAGAGUAUAUUGCUGCUUUUCUCAGUCACUUUGGCACGGGUGUCGUGGAAUAUGAUGCAGAAGGCUUUACAAAACUCACUCUGUUGCUGAUGUGGAAAGAUUUUUGUUUUCUUGUACACAUUGACCUGCCCCUGUUUUUUCCUCGAGACCAGCCGACUCUCACAUUCCAGUCCGUCUAUCACUUUACCAACAGUGGACAGCUUUAUUCCCAGGCCCAGAAAAAUUAUCCAUACAGCCCCAGAUGGGAUGGAAAUGAAAUGGCCAAAAGAGCAAAGGCUUAUUUCAAAACCUUUGUCCCUCAGUUCCAGGAGGCAGCGUUUGCCAAUGGAAAGCUCUAGGAAACACCAGUCUUGAGAGGUGGCCAGCCAGACUGCUCUGUCCACAUGCGUGUCAGCACAUAUGGCCGCUUCCUGGAAGCCAUUGGAAUGUCUUCACGGCAGCAUUUCACUCACACAGCAGCUUUGCACCCCGACUGGAACCCACACUUGAGCUGGCUGGCGGGCACCUGGGUCCCAGAGCCCCCCGCCUCUGGUUGCCCCCUCUUUGUUUCCUUCAGUAUACUUCUUAGUUGGAAGAAAUAAAGUCACAAAUCAGGAUGCUGUUACUUUUCCAGGGAACGUAAGACAUCAUAAAUGCACACACCCUGAUUCCAAAGCCUCUGUCUCUGAGACCUCUUUUAAGUUUUCAGAUAAAACACCCAUUUGCUCUUUUCUUUCUC